AUGGCCGAAGCUCCGCGCGGCCUGGUCCGCUUCCCCUUGAGCCAAGUCUCGUUUUCUCCAUGGCGCAAUCCUGCCCAAAGCACCCAGUGGCAACAUUAUGACCACGGCGUGCAGCACCAUGCCCUAACCGGCCAGUCCGUCGACAAUUACGCCUGGGCUGAUGAUGAGGAAGACGAGGACUAUGGUGACGAUGAUAAUGAAUAUGCAAGUAGCAGCAUUCGCGCCACCCUCGACGGCGCCGACUCCAGCUUCGACGGCUACUCUGCUGACGAUUACUCUUCUGCCACUGAACAGGAUGACCAAUAUGAAUAUGAUUAUGAGGGCAGACCGCUCGCAGCGCCUGAGCCCCCUGCACCCGCCAGCGGUGAGCCGCCCAUAGUCGACGUUCCGCCGCCGCCACCACCACCACCGGCAUUUCCUCCACCUGGGGACGAUGGCGGCGUGUUUAUCGUCCCUCCUCCGCCGCCUCCACCAGCCCCCAUGCCUGGUGAUGGCCCCAUCCCGCCUCCUCCGCCGCCCGUGCCUAUGCCUCCGCCGGGUGAUGAUGCAUCUGUUACGGUAGUUCCCACGUCCCCAUCGCUCAGCGUCAAGAGCGUGCAUUUUCCAGAUGACUUACGAGAUCCAAAGAGCGGCGGUGCCAUGCCGGUGAGAAGCAACAGGCAACGGUUGCUUCCGCCCCCGGUGCAAUUGAAGAUGGUGACUCCGCAACCGCAGAAGAGAUUGCAUGAAGGCCCUACGAAACAGGAGAGGAUUGAGAUGGCCAGGAAAAGGCAAGAGGAGCAGGCUCAGAAACAGAAGGAAAGGGACGAGGCUUUGGCCCAGAAAAGGGCCAAGCAAAAAGAGGUGGCCGAGCAGAAAAAGAAGAAAGAGGCCGAGCAGAAGAAGAAGAGGGCUGAAGCUGCUGCGAAGAGGAAAGAGGAGGAGAAGAAAAAGCUGGAGGCUCGCUUGAAAACGACGGCGAAGAAAUCCAAGAAAGGCAAAAAGGAGGAAAAGAAGGCUGAUGACGAGCCGAAAGAGGAAGAUGCAGUCAUAGUGGUGGAUGUUGGAGGCGACGGUGCAGUUGACGAUGCCGACGUUGUCGUUGUCGAUGUGGGGGCCAGUCCUGACCCCCCUGCGGACUCUGAGCCAACCAGCGCUGAGACCCCAGCGCCACCCGAACCUGAGGCUCCGAGCGCUCCAGCAGACCCUGAUAGUGGCCCCGUUGAGGCUGAAGUCAGCCAAAGUAACGACGCUUCACCCCCUGCUGCUGAUCUUUCAGACCCACCUGCGGAUCCAGCCCCGAGCGAAGAAGCAGAGGCCGGGCCUCCGGAGGUUGCAGAACCGCCAGAAAUCCCCGUGAACCGGAAAAGCCAGCUGUUGAGAGUGAAGAUAGUUCAGAUCAACCUGCUGCGGCUGAAAGUUCAACUGAAACCGGAGACAAUGGUGCCGAACCCGAGUCCUCAACAGCUCCAGACCCCUCGGAAAGUCAAGGAGACUGGAGAGCCGAACACGCCGGGAGAUUCUAACGAAGGGCAACCACCGGCGGCUGAUCCUCUGCCGCCACAAUCUGAAGAGGGAGCCAUGCCCACCGAUAACGCUGAAGAUCAAACUGCAGGGGAUUCCAGCCCAGCUGAGACGCAACCUGAGGCAGAAGAGACCCCUCCGCCAGCCCCUGACCCGCCUACGGACCCGCCUGUUGAUGAUAGUAAUGCUGCUCAAACCGACGAAUCUGCAGAGGCGAAUUCGAAUCCACCUGCCGAGAAUGCUGGAGCUGAUGAGUCGACGCCGGAAGAGCAAAGCCCGCCAGCGGAAACGAGUGAACCGGGUCCGCCACCCGAGGGUGAUAGUACACCACCGUCUGCUCCCGAUGCGGAGGGAGAUGGAGGUAAGCAGGAACCAAAAACUGACGAUGACGGCGAUUUCGAUCCGGUAGAGCCUGACCCAGAGCAAUCCAACGCAAAUGACGCUUCCGCGCCUUCUGGAGACGCCGAAGUGCCACAAGAUGGUGGCCCACAGAAUGAGGUUGACGAGAGCAGCUCGGGCCCGGAGAAGGUCGCAGAGGCUCCUGGUGAAGCGAGUCCAGUGACCGGGGAUGCAGCAGAGACGCAGGAGCCGACUGCCGAUCCACCGCAGCCAAGCGGAGACGCGCCUGCCCCUGAUGCUGAAGGAAGUGGCGAUGGCACCGACAAAGCUAAAGGUGAAGAGGAUCAGCGGAAGGAGCCUAGUGGCGCGGCACCUCCUGAGGUACCGGAUCCACCAGAGAACACCGAUGAGCCACCACCAGUCACGGCGCCCGACGGUGACAACGCGGGUAAUGAGGGCGAAAACAAUCAGGGCCCUUCUGACGAGGGGUCAAGCGACCCUGCGGCUGACAAGGACACUGCUGCCGAUACACCCACGCCCGCUGAAGCCCCUAAGGAAGAAGACGCAUCAGCAGAUCCCACCCCAAGCAAUGAUCCCCAGCCCGAAGCACCUGGAGAGGGCGACUCAAGCCCACCAGAGACUGGGGGCAACAAUGAUGUGCAGCCCAGCAGCGCUGCGGAGGGUUCGGGUGAUGAACAGCAAAAUGACGCCAACGACGCUCCGGCCCCGCCUGCCGCGACGCAGGCUGAGGGCUCCGAAGGGGGUAGUGAGGCGGCCAAGACAUCUGAAGACCCGCCAGCUGACGCUGCGGCGUCUGGAGAACAGUCAAGUGGUGACGGCGAGAGCGCUCCGCCGAGCGACCCCGCCCCGAACGAGACCGUUGAGACCCCUGACGCGCAAGGCGAGCCUGAAUCUGGCAGCGGCUCAAAUGAUGAGACUCAGCAGACUACGGCGCCUGCGGAAAAUGACGUCGACCCAGGGCCACCGACGCAGGAGGCCGGGGAUGGCGAGGAGGUGAAGGAUCCCCCGAAGGACGGCGAAGCACAGGAAAGUCCUGAGGAAGAAACUGCUGCGCAGGAGGAUUCUGAGCAGAAAAAGCCCGAAGCAGAGGACUCAACCGAUAAAGAAUCGAAAGACGAAGCUUCCCCAGCUGAAGGGACAGAAGAUCAGAGCCCGAAGAACGCUGAACCCGAGCAACCUGCCGAAAGUUCUUCAGGCGAUGGCGAUGCGCAACAGGAAUCCAGCCCGCCUGAGGGUGGUGAGAACGCAGUGGAGCCUGAGGGCGAGAAGCCCAGCGGUGAGACUGACCCGCCACCUCCUCCACCCCCAGAGGAGCCUGAGAUAGCCGAGCCGCCGCCGGUAUACACCGAAUCCGAUCAACGCAUCGCGAGGGAGGUCAUGCAAGAAGUAGAGGAAGAAAAGAAGCGCAAGGAAGCCGAGGAAGCCGAAGCAGCCGCGAAAGCUAAAGCAGAAGCGGAAGCGGCAGAGCAGGAGCGGGAGAAACAAGAGGCCUCGAAGCAGCAGGAGGAGCCAUUGCAGUCCGAGUCUUCGGAGCAAGCGCCAGGCGCAGACGGCGCCAACGCAGUACAAGAAGGUGGCACAAACGGUGAGGAUGCGACGCCGCCUGCUGAUGAUUCCGCUACAACUGAGCAAGGUGAUACGAGUGAGACCCAGUCUGGAGAGACCCCUCCUGUUGAACCCCCGGCUCAAGGCGAUGAAGAGAGCAAGCCGGACACAAAUGAUAAUUCUGGCGGAGAGUCAACUGAGACGCCCGAAAAGUCUGAUAGCAAGGCCGAAGGGGACGAUUCGAGUGCUUGCAAAGAUGGGCAACCAGACAGCGGAGCCGAGAACCAGGCUGAGGCGCCUGCUGAAGAUAAGAAGGACGCCAAGACCGAAGUUGCAGAACCUGAGACCGCGGAAGGUGGAAGUGCUGAUGAUUCCAAUGCCGCCCAGGAUCCUCCGCCCGUUGACGAAUCCCAAGACAGUCAGGAUUCUAACCCAGAACCUCAAGACAACGCCACAGCCGAGGCUCCUGGCUCUGGAGAUCAAAACCCUACUGAUUCCGGGGACUCUGCUGUGCCGAAUGAGGGCAAUGGUGAGCCCACGUCUGAUGGUGGGACGCAAGAUCCGCCUGCUGAACAGGAAUCCUCACCACCAGCCGACUCACCUGAAAGCGGUGGUGAUAAGCCUAACGCUGAUGUGCCAUCAGCGGAUCCACCGCCUCCUGAGGGCGAGGAUUCCGGGGACAAAGGCGACCCGCCCGCUCCUACCGAGUCCAGCGGAUCCUCUGAGGAGACAGAGAAGCCUGCGGAAAGUAACGAGCCAGCGCCGAAGGCCGCGGAGGGCGAUGGUGGAGAUAAACAACCGGAAAGCGACGAGCAAACUCCGCCGGUUGAGAACACUUCCGAGUCCCCAGACGCCCAGCAACCAACGGAAGGUAGCGACCAGCCCACAAAAACUCCCGAAGCUGAGGGCGGCGAAGGUCCUUCAGAAAAAGUCGAGACAGUGCCCAACUCCGACGGCUCCGAAGAUGCCCAAAAGGACGCGCAGACCAGCGAAGCGCCCGCGCAAGCCGAAGACACCCAAGAUCCCAAGCCUGGCGCGACGACCGAGGAACCCAGCAGCGCUCCUGUUCCAGAGGGUGAAACUGAGAAUGCUGCUCCCGCUGAAGGUAAUAACAGUAGCGGUGAUGUCAAUGAGGAGCCCCAAACAAGUGAGAGUCCACCCGAAGAUAGUCAGACCUCCGAUCCAGCACCUGAACCACAGGCUGCCCCUGAGGUUGCCCCUGAGGCUCCCCCAGAAGCUUCCCCAGAGGUCCCUGCUGAGGCACCUCCUGAGCCUCCGGCUGAUUCGGCUGCUGAAUCGACGCAAGACAGCACCGAUUCGAGCGGCGCCGCCCCGCCAACCGAAGACACCCAACCCACUGAUGUUUCACAGCCGGAGCAAGAAGGCAGCAACGAGGCCGAAGGCGAGGCGGCGGCGGCUGCAAAGGCAGCGGAAGGUGGGGAAGAGAAGGUCGAAGAGUCGGCCAAUGCUGGCGAGGCUGUCGAGGCUCCGCCGGCUGAUGUCGCGCCUCCGGCUGGCGAUUCUGCGCCGGCGGACGCAGAGCAGCCUCCUCCACCACCACCUCCUCCGAUUGACCCCCCUGCUCAGGAGAGUCAAGGCGUCGAAGAAAGCCCGGCUGCCGCUGAAGAGGUCCCGGCCGCUGCUGAAGAAGCCCCACCUGCCGCUGAAGAAGCCCCGCCUGCUAUCGAAGAGGCCCCGCCUGUUGUUGAAGAAACCCCACCCGCUGUUGAAGAAACACCGCCUGCUACUGGAGAGGCGCCACCUAUUGCUGAAGAGGCAAAGGCUGUUGUCGAAGAAGCUCCACCUGUCGCUGAAGAGGCUCCGCCCGCUGUUGAGGAAUCACCGGCUGUUGCUGAAGAAGCUCCGCCCGCCGUUGAGGAGGCUCCGCCAGUUGUCGAAGAAGCUCCACCGGCUGUCGAGGAAGCUCCGGCUGCUGUCGAGGAACCUCCCGCAACCAGUGAAGAGCCUCCGGCACCACAGGAGGCCCCUGCAGUCGCUAAAGAGCCAUCUCCCGUAGAAGAGGAAUCCAAGCCCGCGUCCGAGGAACAAGCGCCGCUAGAAGAAGUCCCACCCAUGGAACCUCCAGGGACAAUAGUCGAAUCAUCUGCACCAAAUGGCGAGCCGCAAGUAUCAGCUGAAGCAGAUGUUGUUCCACCGCUUGAGACGUCGGAUCAUAGGCGUCGUGGCUCUGUUUCGUCUCCCACCGGAUACGUACGCUCAAGAGGAAUGAGCGACGUCAGUGAGAGCAAAGGAUCAAGUGGGAAGGACUCCUCCAGCCGAAGCAAAGAAAAGCGCAGCUCUCACGUUUACGGUGAAGUCCGCGAGCACAGAAGCAGGGAGCACAAACUGAAGCGGUCAUCAGGCACCGUGUCUGACCGGGACAGGGAGAGGGAUCGCAGAUUAUCCGCCAUGGCCACCGAUACCGCCGAAGAUUCUGAUGCAAGAAGGGAGCGGCGCCGGAAGGAGCGGCGUAGACGGGAGCGGGAGAAAGAAAGGGAACAAGAAAGGGAACGGGAGGUCAAAGAGGAAGAAGAUCGACAAAAGCGGCACGAAGAACGGAAGGCAGCCAAACAGGCCGAAGACGAACGUCAGAAGCAGAAGGACGAGGAGCGAAGGCGGAAGCGGCGCGCAGAGAAAGAGGCCGAGAUCGCCCGUUUGGCAGAAGAAAAGGUCCGGAAACAGGAAGACAUGGAGGAUGAAGCCCGCCGCCAACGCCGCAAAGAGCGUCGGCAUAGGGAGAGGCACUCAACUGCCGUAGAAAGGGACGACUUACCUACCCCUGAUGUUUUGCCGUCGCCAACCAUGGAGGCUAAGGAACUUCGAGGCGAACUUCCGCCAGCUGCUCCGCGACGCCGCAACACGGAAACCAACGCUCGCGCUACCAGUCCUAAACGCCUGAGUACGGGGUUCAUGGGCUUCUUUAGCCGUUCCAAUACGACUCCCAUCAUCCCCAAGGAUAGAGACCGUGUCACUCAGCCACGCGACAAAGGUAAGGAACGCGAGCGCGAGUCUGCUCACCGUUCGUCGCGCCGCAAUCACGAUCGCACCCCAAGCGAAGAAGAGCAGCGCCGCCGUCGCAAGGAACGCCGAGAUUAUCCUCCGAUGCCUCCACCUAUACCCUCCGAGGAGCGUAUACGACUUGGGGACAUUGCAGACGCCGACGAAAUCUCCAAUUCGAACGAGACCGGAACAGCCACUCCGCCGCAGUUCAUCCCCGAGGCCAUGCCGUCUCCCGUCAACGAGCUGCCGGAACGCAUGAUUGAUGAUAGCAUGUUCGAAUAUCUCCGGGCUACCGAGGAUGGCGGCACCGGUGGCAGCAUGGACGAGGGCAAGGCGGAGAGUGGCAAUGCCGCUGGCGCUGUCAGAGGUGAUGGGGAAGGCACCAACAGCAACAGUGUCCCGAGCAGCUACGAGGCUCUACCUCGACCGCCACUCACGACGUCGUCGCCGGUAGAUGAGAGGGCAGACAGCGAUAGGAGUCGGCGACGUCAAGGGGAGCGGGAGCAUCGGAGCGGCAGGACCCGAGAGGAGAAAGACAGGGACAGGGAUAGAGACAGAGAGCGAGAGCGGGAUCGGGAUCGGGACCGGGACCGCAACCGGGAGCGUGAACGUGAACGAGAGCGGAAGGCGAAGGACAGUGAUGAGAAGCGCGGUGAGCAGAGAAGAAGGAAGGAUAGCGCGGCUGUCGAUCCUGCAGCAGCUGCUGCUGCUGGAACGAGAGAGCGCAGGAGGGACGAUAGAGAGAGAGGUGAGCAGCGGGAGCGGAGCGAGCGCCAUCGACAACACGGAAGUGGCAGCGGUAAGUCGUCCAAGGAUAAGGAGCGGCCGAAGGACGAUCCAGGGAAAGGUGGGCUGCUUGGGUCCCUGCGAAAGCUGGUGAAGACUUGA